UAGUAGCUUCGUAUCUCUCCCAUAUGCACACAUAUUAGAAGAUCCAGCUGGGGUAUCUUCUUAUAACUGUUGCUCACAUGUUCUUGGGUAUAUGAAAGAAGGCCUGCAAACUCCGGAAGUUGCAAAUCCAUUAGCGGACUUCCACUUCCUAAUGAUUAAUUACUUGGAGAAAAUGGGGAAGAGAAGCCCAUUCCUGACAGGAAAAUAUAAGCGGCCUUCACUUCGUGAUUGGGAUGUCAAGGCGGCAAACCAAGACCUUCAGAAGGUCCAUGACCUUAUGGGACUCGAGCAUGGACUGACAGCCGGGGUAACCAGACUGUACAACACCGACGAAGGUCCGCAUGUAAUGUGUUUUGAUGCAGAUACCUGUCCACUCUCUAAGGUCUUGUAUACGGAUCUACACUACAGCUGCGGAAACCUUGGAAAGAAGAAUAGCUGAGGGAAAUGUUGGAACUUCUGUGAAAAAUGAUGCAGUUCCAACAGAAACAAACACAACCAAGGAAAAUCCGAUUGAAGUGCAACAUAAACCCGAGGAGAAUAGAAGUUCUAGUGUAGAUAAUGGAUAGGAUCAGAAUGAAUCAUCCAUACCACAAACAAGCACUCGAGGGGGAGAAAGGUUGAAUAAUGACAAAGAUGUAGCAGAUGAGAUGGAUCACAAAAUCAUUGAUGAUAAUGAGGAAAAUGAAGAAGAUGAACUUGAUGCCAAAAGACUUGAUGAAUCAGUGAGGAAAGCAUGCAAUAUAGAUCUUUCUUUUACACAGGAAACAAUCUUGAAGUAUCUUGAGUUUUUUGAUGAUGGGGGAGAAGCUUCGAAUGCAAAUGAAUCAGUUAAGCCACAAUGUAAAACAAGCAAUGUGAUGGAGGCAGAGAAACCAGAGAAGUUUCGAGAGUUUUUUGAUGGGGGAGAAGCUUCGAAUGCAGGUGAAUCGGUUAAAACACAAUGUGAAGCAAGCAAUGUGAAGCAAGCAAACUUGAUGGAAGAGGAGAACUCGAAGGAGCAGAAGCCUUUGGAACCUAACAAACACUUUGUUAUAGAGGCAAUUCCGUUAAGGUCGGUGUUACCAGAUGCAAUAAUCGACAUGGAUAAUGUCCAAACUGUGCAGACAAAGAAAAGAAAGAAGCAUGAUAUGCUUUAUUCUGGUGGCACAUACCCUGAGCGUAGGAGAGCUGUGAAGAAAUCAAAAUACCUUGCAAGCCCCUACGAUGAAGCUGUUUAUGAGUCAAAUGCAAGUAAGCUGCAGAAGGACAUAUCAACAUUUGCAUGGAGCAUUUCACAUGAUGAGGAGGAGCUUUUGUAUUGCUCGGAUAACAAGGCUCAUGCUUUCAGUCUACAAAGGAGAGACUUGUGGUCAUUUCAAAAAGAUGAAUGGGUGUCAUGCUUUGUGAUAAAUGUCUGGGUCAAUUGCUUGAACUGGAGUCAACCAAAUGAAAAAAUGACAGGACUGGUUACACCAUUCAUAAAUUAUGUUGACUUGCAAAGACCUGAUGCCCUAAAUAUAACGAACCCAAUUGCAUGUAAAAGAUUCAUUGAAAGACUGAAAAAGUUCAAAUACAUGGAUUGGAAGGCUAUUGACCCUACAUGUUUAGAAUAUAUAAUGACGCCAGCACUAAUUGGAGAUCCGGGUUUUCAUUAUGUAUGCUUCGUUGUGAAUCUCAAGAGCCAAAAAUUUCAAUUCCUGAACAGCUUGAAAGGAGAGACAUUGAACAUGAAGAAUGGCGAAGCAACUGUGUACAAGAAGAUGUUUGAUGUGUGGCUGAAGGAGGUGGAAGCAUUUGUGACAGAAUUGUAUAAGAAAAGAAAAAUCACAAUGCCUUUCCAGUUUAGCACAUUCAAGUGGGAAACACCAAAGAUGCCUAAUCAAUGUGAUAAAGACAGUUGUGGAGUCUUUUACAUGAAGUUUCUUGCUGAAUGGGACGGUGGCAAUACCGAAAUGGAAUCGUUCAAAGAUUGGUCCAAAACGAGAAAGCAUGGGAAGAAUGGCAGGGUUGAAAAAACUAUGGAUUUGAGAAUUGGAAUUUGUUCAGCAAUAUUAAGCGACUCAAGCAAUAGCAAAAGAAACUAUGUGGAGAAGGCAGCAACUUCAUACUAUGAAGAAUUGCUUCAAAAGCUAACACCGGAUUAGUGUUAAUGUUUUUUUUU